GAUGCCAUGCCGGCUGCGUUCCUCCAAUUCUUCGAUUCCCUGCCGGUCCAAGGCCCUGCCGACGACACCAAAGACACUCCCAGUGACUUCGAGCCGCCCUCGUCGAAGCGUCGCAAAGUAGAUUGUGAAUCAGACUCCAGCAUCUGUGUCGCCAAAGCCGAGUUAGCCUUUUCCCGCCGAUGUGAAGAAACCUCCAGCCAAGACUACCGUAGUGUGCAUCAUGGGGUGGAAUCGCUGCUUAGAUUCGGUCUCGAUGGCCAACGUCUCUCGAUCAUGACGUCGCCGACCAGUCGUAUCGGCCACUUUGUUGCGCAUAUACUGCUACGCCCUGGAGACGUGGAUCGGGAUGCUCGGGAUAUGUUCAACAUUGAAAGCUUGAACCUGAAGAGGAGUGGCGCAGGCGCUAUAUGGAGAGCUGCCGAUGUCGUGGUUGAGCAGCACCAAGGCGUUGCAACGAUGACAAUCUCUUUCCGGCUUCUUUGGAAUGAUACCCCAUCUCCGUAUGCGCCUUUGAGACGAAAUGACGAGCGUCGAUGCAGCGAGAAGCUCAUUCAGUCCUUCUUCCCCUCGGUAGACACAACGCUCAACAAAUCCGCCUCGUGGUCGCCAAUGGAUUUCUAUAACGCGGCGCACGUGCCGCAAAAGGAUGAUGCCGUCGCGCACUCUAUCCAUGUUCCCGGACUCAAUGCUGCGCUUUUCCCCUACCAAAAGCGGACGCUACAAUGGCUGUUGCGCCGAGAAGGCGUCCAAUGGACUGCGCCAAACACACCUGUCCAGCCCUUGUCGGAAAAGGAACAGACGCUGGACUUGGAUCCUUUCCGUACCGUGAAUGAUGCCGAUAACAACCGGAUAUAUCUCAGUGAUGUGUUUCAGACCGUUACUCGGGAUCCUACACCCUACCACCAGGCCAGUAGACUUGUCAAGGGCGGCAUCUUGGCGGAGGAAAUGGGCUUGGGAAAGACUCUUGAAAUGAUCAGCCUCAUCCUGUUGCAUCGACGUCAGGCAGGUCAUCCCCCAGCUCUCCUCCUAGGCCAAGAGAAUCUGGUUCCGAGCGGCGCAACUCUCAUCGUAACUCCAAAGUCUCUGCAGCCGCAGUGGAUAUCCGAAUUGUCACGUCAUGCCCCUGGACUACGUAUCAAGCACUAUACCGGAUGUCGAGGAAUCGACAAGGAGGACGAGGCACGUCUCGUGGCUGAGUUGGCCGGUUACGAUGUGGUAGUGACGACCUACAGUGUUUUAUCUGCAGAGCUUCAUUUUGCCAUCAGCCCCCCUGAGCGGUCUCGGAGAUUUGAAAGGGCAUACCGUCGAGUCCUUUCUCCUCUGGUCCAGAUAUUGUGGUGGAGGGUGUGUCUUGACGAGGCGCAGAUGAUCGAAAGUGGCGUCAGCCAGGCUGCUGCAUUGGCGAGAGUGAUUCCUCGAGUCAAUGCUUGGGGCGUCACGGGAACACCCGUCAAGGACGAUGUCAAGGACCUGCUUGGACUGCUCUCCUUUCUGAGAUAUGAGCCCUACUGCUCUGCUCCACAGGUGUGGCAAGCACUUACCACUCACCACAAGCCGUUGUUCCAGCAGCUGUUUGGAUCGAUAUCACUUCGGCAUACCAAGGCAUUGGUGAGGAGUGAGAUAUCCCUCCCUCCACAGAGGCGGUUUGUGAUAAGCAUGCCCUUUACCGCAGUAGAGGAGCAGCACUACCAGUCACUGUUCAAAGAGAUGGCGGAGGCCUGCAAGCUCAGCGUAGAAGGAGCCCCUCUAGCUGAUGAUUGGGCUCCAGAGGAAUAUGAAGACGUCAUGAGGCUGUGGCUCAACAGACUGAGACAGACUGCUCUUCAUCCAGAGGUGGGUGUCUACGGACGUCGAGUGCUGGGAAGCAAGGAACGCCCGAUGCGAACGGUGGAAGAGGUGCUCAACGCCAUGUUGGAGCAAGGCGAGGCCGCUAUCCGUACUGAUGAGCGUGCCUAUCUGUCGAGCAAGCUGUUCCUGGGUCAGCUGUUUGAAAACAGCCCCCGAGUCAAAGAAGCCCUCAAGAUAUGGGAGAAGGUGCGGGUCGAGUCCGCCAAAUUGGUUGCAGAUGCCCAAACAGCACUUCGAGAUGCAUUGCGCGAGAAGCGAGGGGUCGAGGACGUGAGUGAGAUGUCUGAAAAGGUGCAGGAACUGUCGGAUUCGGACAGUGAGUUGGAUGAAGAGGCGGAGGAAGAAGCUGGAAGUAAAGGCCAACUCGGCGAGCUGCAGAACAGGCUGAGGAACUGCCUUGAACUUCAUCACAAGGCCGUCUUCUUCUGCGCCAACGCAUACUUCCAGAUCCGGGACAAUCCAGAGAUGACUGCGCCUGAGUCUGAAGAGUUUGAGCGGUUGAAAAAGCUCGAGGACGAGGGCUACGAGAACGCCAAGAUGCUCCGGAGGAAGAUACUCAAGCAAGGCCAUCGCAAGGCCAUGCGGCUGAUCAACAAGCUUGCUUUGAAGGCCGAAGAGCAAUCAUUUGUCGAGAUACCAGAGCUCGUCAUGAAUAACGAGAAGGGCAUCGAAACGGGCAGCAUCGUCGACGACCUAGAGAUCCUCUACGCUGAGCUCAACGAACAGGCGAAUCUGAUUGACGAAUGGAGAGAACAAGUCGUUCAGCUCCUUCUACGGCCACUUGUUGAUGAGGAGGAGAGUACAGAGACUACCGGAGAAGAACUUGUGGAUUCCAUGAAAGUUCAGGAUGAGCUAAUGGUGUACGUCCAAGUCCUUCGAGUCAUCAUUGCUGACCGUCAAUUUGCCAUAUCAGGCCAGACGAAUGGCUUGGUGACGCAUGAGCUGGAGACAUCCUUGAGGCUAGCGAAAGAAGGAGAUGGGCCUGCUCCGGAGAAGCUCAUCGAGCUGGUCCGCAAAUGCGCUGAGGUCAAGCCUAGGAGAGCCAAGAUGUCCAUGCGCGGCGCCAUCAGUGAGCUGCGCAGCUUGGUAUCUCGGCUCACCAGAGACACAAACCGGAGCCAGAGAGAAGUUCUGGAGUCUACGAUUGCUUCCAAGUUGAUGAAGUCGACCCAAACGCUGCUUGGGGAACAGAACAAGGUGGCAGUGGCUCUAGAAGCAGAAAUAGAGAGCUUCAAAAGGGCCAUGAAUGCGCGGGUGGAUUUCUAUCGGCAGCUGCAGGCCGUCUCGGAUGACGUGCUCCCCGUGGAAGCACCCAAGACGGAAGAGGCCAUUGAAAAGGCCAAGAAGAACAUUGAGGACCUUCACAAGAAGUUGUUAAACGGUGAAGCCAAGCAUCGAUACCUCAUGAGCCUGAAGGAGACUGGUGCGAGAUCCAACGAGCCUCGCAUGUGCGUCAUCUGCCAGAUGCCCUUCACGACGGGCGUCCUGACCGUGUGCGGCCACCAAUUCUGCAAGGAGUGCAUCAUGAUGUGGUUCAAAUCCCACCGCAACUGCCCCGUCUGCAAGAGGGCGCUCAAGGCAGACAACCUCCACGACAUCAUCAUCAAACCCCGACAGCUUCAGGUGCAUGGCGAGGAAUCCGGCCGGCAGCCAAAGGGGAGCGCCACUGACGGCGACGGCUCGCCGGAACGCCGAGGCUCUUCGAAGCAGAUGAUGCUCUACUCCGAGUUUGACGCCGAGCAGCUCGAGCAGAUGAAGAACAUUGAGCUGGACGGGCCCUCAUUCACGACCAAAGUGGACACCCUGGUGCGGCACCUACUAUGGCUGAGGGAGUCCGAUCCCGGCGCAAAGUCCAUCGUCUUCUCGCAGUACAAGGACUUCCUCCACAUCCUGCGCAACGCCUUCUCGCGCUUCCGCAUCGGCCACGCCUCCAUCGACGACGCCGACGGCAUCGGCCGCUUCAAGGACGACCCGGCCGUGGAGUGCUUCCUCCUCCACGCCAGAGCGCACUCGAGCGGCCUCAACCUCGUCAACGCGAGCCACGUCUUUUUGUGCGAGCCGCUGCUCAACACGGCCCUCGAGCUGCAGGCCAUUGCCCGCGUCGACCGCAUCGGACAGCAGCACGAGACGACGGUGUGGCUGUACAUUGUCUCCGGCACGGUGGAGGAGUCCAUCUACAACCUCUCCGUGCGGCGCCGCAUGGAGCACAUGGGGAGGAACCUCGGCGGUGGCAGCGGCAGCGGCAGGCUCGAGGGCGAGGGCGAGGCGUCGACGUCAACGCCGGAGCUGCUAGACGCGAGUAUCGAAGAGGCGAAUACGCUGGAGCUGGAGCAGGCGGCCUUGUCGAAGCUCAUGAGCAAGGACCGGUCUGCGGGCGAAAUGGUGGAUCGUAGUGAUCUUUGGGAGUGUCUAUUUGGACAUGUGAAUGGCAAUAAGGGUUGA